AUGGAUUCUAUUGCUGUAGUGGCGGGUGAUGCAAGAAACAACGAUGGACUAGCCGUACGUCAGGCAAUUACUAAAGGUGGAAAAGCAUUUGAUCUACUGGGACAUUUACAUUGUGACGUGUUCAAUCAAGACAAGUUUUUGAUGAAUGGCGUAGAGUUACGAGUUCGUCUUAUCCGUGCAAAGGACGACUUUUGCCUUAUGGACUCCACUCCCCUGCAUUAUAAGAAACUCAACAGAGACAUCCAACUACCUCGCCAACAUCCAUUGGCCAAGCUCACACCGAGAAUUGAUGAUCAAGGAAUUCUCAGGCUUGGUGGACGACUAAAGAACUCAUUGCUUGAUCCAGACGAGACUCACCCGAUUAUCUUACCACGACAAUCUCGCCUGACAACGCUCAUCAUCAACGAAGCCCACCAGAAAAAACUCCACGGGGGAGUUCAACUCACCAUGGCUCAUAUCAGACAACGAUACUGGAUCGUUGGUGGCAGAAAAUCAGUGCACGCAUUAAUUCUGCGCUGUGCUGUCUGCACCAGAUUCAGGGCAACACGAGCUCAACAGUUAAUGGGUCAACUUCCAACAUCUAGAGCAACGCCUUCAAGACCAUUCCUGCAUACUGGAGUAGAUUAUGCAGGGCCAUUUCCAAUCUUGAAGUGGAGACCAACUAACGCGCAACCAUCAUCAGUUCAUAUAGCUGUUUUUCAUACAAACGACUCACUGGGAGGCGAGGCAUUCCAGAUGUCAUGUACAGUGACAAUGCAACGGCAUUUGAAGGAGCAGCCAACGAACUCAACAGACUCUACAACCAACAAUCUCCAGAAAAUCGACAAAUUAGAGCUGUUCUUGCCUUCAACGGAACCCAGUGGCAAUUCAUCCCACCAAAUGCUUCUCACUUCGGAGGCAAGUGGCAGGCCGCUGUCAACGAAGUAUCAUCUACGACGAGUAUUGGGAACAACAACGUUAACAUACGAAGAGCUCAACACGAUCCUGGUACAAAUCGAGGCCUGUCUCAACUCAAGGUCUAUUGUCCCGAUGAGGGAUGAUCCAGAUGACCUUCAGGCUCUCACACCAAGGCAUUUCCUCAUCGAAGAACCUCUUCAACUGCUCCCAGAGCCAUCUCAACUCAACACAAACAUCAACAAAAUCACACGAUGGAAUCUGGUGACCCAGAAAAUACAACAAUUCUGGUCGAGAUGGUCCAGGGAGUGUCUUCAACGGUACCACUCCAUCUACAAGUGGAAUCAACAGCAACGCAACAUCAAGGUGGGAGACAUGGUCCUGAUGAUCAAUGAUGAUCUCCCUCCAGCACAUUGGCCAGUGGCACGAGUUAUUGCGGUAAGGCCAGGGGCUGAUGGACUAGUGAGAGUCGCAGAACUGCUCACAGCAACUGCAGAGAUCCCAACGAAUCCAGAUGGAUCACCAUCAACGCAGAACAUUCGGGUGCAACGACAUCAACACACCCGACCAAUAGCAAAACUUUGCUUGCUACCAACGGACCCAACACCAGCAGACCAACAAGAUGACAACUAG